AUAAAACUUGGAAUGAGACAUGUCGGCCAUUUCAUGGUGUUAAGAAAACAGAGCCCUCAAAUACUUUUUAAAAAGAAACAGAGUGCACCAAAAUCCUCUUAAUUUUCUCAAAAUUCAAAUCUCUCUACAGAUCAUCUGAGAAAUUUUAGAUUCUGGAAUCUAUUUGAUUGUCUCUCUCUACAGAUCUCUCUGUAUAUAGAAAGAGAGGAGAGAUUCUAUCCGUUACAGUUCGUGAAUUUCGCGUUUGAAGAACUUGAACUUGAUUCUGAAGAAUGUCAGGUCGAGAACAAACAGGAGAGAAACUAUCAGAUUCUGAGUACAUAGAAGAAGAGCCACGGCGUUCUAGAAUUGGGAAUUUGAAGAAGAAGGCUUUUAGUUGUUCAACUAAACUUACACAUCCUUUGAAGAUGAGAAAAGGCAAACGUAAAAUCGAUUUCCAGAUUCCUUUGAUUGAAGAUGUUAGAGAUGAGAAAGAGGAGAAGCUUGUUUCUAAAUUGCGUCAACAACUUCUUCAGAAAGAUUUGUUGCCUCCAGUACAUGAUGAUUAUCAUAUGUUGUUGAGGUUUCUGAAAACAAUGGAAUUCAAAAUCGAGAAAACUGUCACGGCAUGGGAGGAAAUGCUUAAAUGGAGGAAAGAAUUUGGAACCGAUCGCAUUAUACAGGAUUUCAAUUUCAAAGAGUUGGAUGAAGUGACAAGGCACUAUCCUCAAGGGUAUCAUGGAGUUGAUAAAGAUGGGAGACCUAUUUAUAUCGAGAGACUUGGAAAAGCUCAUCCUGGUAAACUUAUGGAGGUUACUACUAUAGAGCGAUACUUGAAGUACCAUGUUCAAGAAUUCGAGAGGACACUUCAAGAGAAGCUACCUGCGUGUUCAGUUGCAGCUAAGAGACGAGUUACUACAACUACUACAAUACUAGAUGUUGAAGGCCUGGGUAUGAAGAACUUUACUCCUACCGCUGCUAAUCUCCUGGCCACCAUUGCUAAAGUUGAUUGCAAUUAUUACCCUGAGACUUUGCACCGAAUGUUCAUUGUCAAUGCAGGGAUUGGAUUCAGGAGUUUUCUUUGGCCUGCCGCACAGAAGCUUCUUGAUCCGAUGACUAUUGCAAAGAUACAAGUUUUGGAGCCAAGGUCCUUGUCAAAGUUACUUGAAGCAAUUGAUUCCAGUCAACUUCCAGAAUUCUUGGGAGGCUUAUGCAAAUGUCCUAACGAGGGAGGGUGCUUGAGGUCUAACAAAGGACCCUGGAAUGAUCCUGAAAUAGUUGAGCUCGUUCAUCACAUGGAAGUAAAUAAUGUACCGCAAACAACAACAGCUCCUCUUCAUGUAAGAGAUUAUGAUUCUACCACUUGCACGAUCUCGCCUAAAGAAACUUUGAAAGAAGAGCCAGAACCUGAAGAAUAUUACUCUUCCACUGGGUCCAGAUCUUCAAUGCACACUUGUAUAGUUCCUCCACUCUCUGAUAAGGCUAGUACAUCAGACGGUGAUAAAUUCAUUACUACCGUGGAAUCUAUAGAAUCGGCUCAAUCCCAAUUACUUGACGCGGAUACUGAAAACACUUUCGCAAAUACAUCUGUAAGAGAAGGUGUUUCUUUUCUUCAUGCCUUGUUACAUAGUUUCGUUAAUGUUCUGUUUCACAUGGAUUGUAAUCGCUACUGUAUAUUCAAAAUGAUCAUUAACACGUUUCAGGUGGUCAGAUUUUACGGUUUGGUGCUCUUAGAGAGAAAAUCAACAGCGAGAACAUCUUUCACUUGGUGAAAAUACUACUAGUUUUUCCACUGAAGCUAUUUGUUCUCUUUGGUUUCCUAUUACCUGGAUACUGGCAAAGACAGAACACAGUCGUUGUCCCAGAUUCGUCGACAAACAACAAGGUUCUUGAGUGUUUCGAUCGUCUUAAGAAGAUGGAGAAAGAAUUCACAGAGAUCAGUAGAAAACAAGUAAAAAUCCCAGAAGCAAAUGAGAAGCUAUUAGCAGAAUCUCUGGAGAGGAUCAAGUCUCUAGAACUCGAUCUCGACAAAACGAAAUCAGUAUUACAUAUAACAUUAACAAAACAACUUCAGAUUACAGAACAGCUUGAAUCUCAAGACGAAGAACGAAGAAAAGGAUGCUGUUUCUGAAGCUCUUGGUCAUAACUAAACGGACAAAAAGACAAUUAUAUACGUAGACCUUUGGUUUUAUUUUGGUCUAUUGUAAAGUUUGUUUAAAUUUCCGAGUGAGGAACAAACAUCGCGGUUUAUGUUUGAAAGUUGAAACUCUCUAAUUUACUAGUACCAAGAGCUUACAUAAUUAUGAAAUAAAGUUGGAAUAAUGUACAUGUUGGUUAGCUACUU